GGGCAGGAGGCCAUCGUCAAGCUACUGCUCGAGAAGGGCGCAGAUGUCAACGCAAAGGAUAAUGAUGGUCGGACGCCGCUAUGGUGGGCUGCUGAAGGGGGACAUGAGAUCGUAGUCAAGCUGCUGCUCGAGAAGGGUGCAGAUGUCAACGCAAAGGAUAAUGAUGGUCGGACACCGCUAUGGUGGGCUGCUGAAGGGGGACAUGAGAUCGUCGUCAAGCUGCUGCUUGAGAAGGGUGCAGAUGUCAACGCGAAGGAUAAUGAUGGUCGGACGCCGCUUUGGCUGGCCGCCGUAAAA